AUGACUUCGGGGGCUAGGACUAGGCUCACUCCAUUUAUGGAGUGGUUCAGGGAUUUUUUUCUAAUGCGCAAAUACAACAACGCUCAGCGUUAUGAAGACCUUAUGGCACGGCGUACCCAACCUCCACCUAACCUGCCCCCGGGUGUAGCGCACAAAAUGUCUGAAAAUUAUUACUAUACCCGUGACGUUCGCCGCCAAUGCGGCCCACCUGUACAAGUUUUUAAUGCUGGGCCGAAACAAAUUACGGAAGGAGGAAGCCAUGCUGCAGCCAGUCCACUCUUUACCGACUUUACUCCCGGUUCAAAACAUAACUGGGACGCAGAUAUCAAGCGGUAG